CUCCUUCCUCUCUUUUUACUUGGUCUGUUUGUCUCUGUGUGAAACAGUAAAAUGGCAGAAGCUGCUGUAAAAUCUAUAGAUUCUUUCAGCUGUCCGAUCUGUCUGGAUCUACUGAAGGAUCCAGUGGCUAUUCCCUGUGGACACAGUUACUGUCUGGGUUGUAUUAAGGACUGCUGGGCUGGAGAUGAUCAGAGGAAGGUCUACAGCUGCCCUCAGUGCAGACACACCUUCACUCCAAGGCCUGUUCUCAACAAGAACACCAUUCUGGCUGAACUAGCUGAGGGUCUGAGGAAGACGAGGCUCCAAGCUGCUCCUCCUGCUGCUGAUUCUCCUGCUGGAUCUGGAGGUGUGGAGUGUGACGUCUGCACUGGAACGAAACACACAGCUGUUAAGUCCUGUCUGGCGUGUCUGCUCUCCUUUUGUGAAGCUCAUAUUCAGCCUCAUUAUGAAAUUCCUGCCUAUAAGAAGCACAAGCUGGUUGAAGCCUCUAUGAACCUGCAGGAGAAGAUCUGCUCUCUUCAUGAUAAACUACUGGAGGUUUUCUGUCGCACUGAUCAGCAGUGUAUAUGUCUUCUGUGUGUGAUGGAUGAACACAGUGGUCAUAAGACAGUCUCAGCUGCAGCAGAAAGAGCUGAGAAACAGAAGCAGCUGGUGGAAACUCAGAGGAAAUCCCAGCAGAGAAUCCAGCAGACGGAGAAGAAACUGCAGGAGCUGAGACAGACUAUGGAGACUCUCAGGCACUCUGCACAGGCAGCAGUGGAGGACAGUGAGAAGAUCUUUACUGAACUGAUUCAGUCCAUGGAGAGAAGACGCUCUGAGGUGAAAGAGCUGAUCAGAGCUCAGGAGAAGACUGAACUGAGUCUGGCUGAAGAUCUCCUGAAGAAACUGGAGCAGGAGAUUGCUGAUCUGAGGAGGAGAGAUGCUGAACUGGAAAAGCUUCUACACUCAGAGGAUCCCAUCCAUUUCCUCCAGAGUUUCCAGUCUCUCUCAGCUCCUCCCCAAUCUGCAGACUUACCCCAAAUCCCAGUCAGUCCACAAUUCUCCAUGGAGGAACUGAAGAAAGCUGUGACUGGAGUGAUGGAACGAGUGGAACCGAAACUGCUCAGAUUUUCUGGAGGGUUCAUUUCUUCAUCCAUGACGGCUGCACCUUCUUAUAAAACACAACAGCUCCUUCAGUCUCCUGAACCAAAGACCAGAGAGGACUUCCUGAAAUAUUCCUGUCAGCUCACUCUGGAUCCAAACACAGCACACAGAGAACUCGCUCUGUCUGAGAGAAACAGAAAAGCUACAGUGAUGCGCCAGAAACAACAAUAUCCUGAUCAUCCAGAGAGAUUUGAUAGAGUUCGCCAAGUUCUCUGUAGAGAAAGUCUGUCUGGACGCUGUUACUGGGAGGUGGAGUUUAGUAUCAGUAAUGGUGAAAUUGCAGUCUGUUAUAAAAACAUCAGCAGGAAAGGAGGAAGUAAUGAGACUAGAUUUGGGUUUAAUGAUCAGUCCUGGAGUCUGAACAACUGGAACUCAGGUUUCUCUUUCAGACACAAUAAUAAAGAGACUAAACUCCCUGUAGUCUCCAGAUCCUCCAGAAUAGGAGUGUAUGUGGAUCACAGUGCAGGAAUUCUGUCCUUCUACAGCGUCUCUGAUACAAUGACCCUCCUCCACAGAGUCCACACCACCUUCACUCAGCCCCUCUAUCCUGGAUUUGGGGUUUAUGGUUAUGGUAAUUUUGUUCAGAUAUGUGAUCUUAAUUAAACUUUAGAUAGAAGCUGAUCAUGUGAUCAUCUAAAGUCUUAUUGGGAGUAAAAUACAGUCUAUCCUCUGACAGACUAUUAGAAACAACAUGUAAUACAGCAGCUUUAAGUCUGUCCUGUAAGUAGUUCAGUACAUUAUUAAAUGUGUACUUUUAUGUAACACAGAUUAAAAAUGUCUUUUCCACUGUGAAUUUCAGUCUUUAUAGCAAAUUG